AACGUCGCAACAAGGAGCAGAAACCCUAAAAACACACCUCGUAUUCUUAGUAAUGGCCGAAAAAGUAUCCCUCAAGCAUGAAAUCGACUACAAUCCUAAACCUGAAGACGCAGGAAGAAUCAAAGUCUAUGUGACUAUCCUAGUGUCGGAAUAUCCUAUAAGAGAUUGUCGACCAGUACUCGCUUUCUCUUUGCCUGCCAAAGAAUUUCGGGCUAGCUACACGAGGUAUAAAUGGGAACAACUGAAUUGCUUAGAGGAUGAUGAACGUCUCGAUGUCUCUCAGGUUAAUUUAGCGAGGACGGAACUCAGUAGACUUGUCACUCACGUCAUGUUUUACUUGGUUAACUAUCUAGAUUGUGCUCUGUCAAUUUAUAUUACCUUUAAGCCUAUGCGUCCUCCUCCUGCUAUGAUUGUUGAAGAGUAUUUACCAUUGGAAGAGACGAUGAUAUCCGAAGACGAAGAGGAUAUGCGACUCCCAGUUGAUGAGAGCGUAAUGCACAUCCAAGAGCCUAACUGGAACAUCUUUCACGUAUAGAAAAGGAAACACAACAUCAUUUGUUUCUUUUCCUUUUUUGUUUUGUUUGGUGUUAUGUUUUCUUAUAAAUAUAAGGUUGAAGCUCGUUUGUGGACUUCAUCUGUUUGGAGGGAUUUGGGGUUUAUAGGGAAGAGACGUUUAGGAGUUAUGGUUUCGUGUUGUUUUCUACUAUCUUAAUAAAGGUUUUGAGUUUUG